UAAAAACUAAUUUUAGAUGCUUAUGGGACAGGUUCGUAGAUUUUGCGUCAGUUAGAUUAAUCUUAGGCUGAGCUGCUUUGUUGGGAGAUUUUAAUUAACUCAAGCAUCGCUAUAUCUGUGGUUUGGUAAACCGCAGCGUAGCGAAAAGAAAAUUCGGGGAAACAUUGUUGGAAUCGCUGAAACAGUGGUCGGAACGAAAGUGUGGGAACAGCAAUUUCCAAGGACAAAAACAGACCUGCGUUUUUAAACGAAUACAAUCGAAGCAACAGUAAGACAAAACGGUAUUAGUGGACAAACCCGCACAAAACUAGGCACCAGCGAAUGGUUAUGAUGUAUACCUACAAAGCUAAUAGUCUUGCUUUUAUUUCAGGUAAAGGUAAAACAGAGUGUUUGUAAAAUUAAGCAUCAGUUUAAGAAUUACACACCAAGAUGACGUCACCAGCUACCGAAGUAAUCGACGUCACGGCCACAUCAGAGUCUAUCGUGACGUCAAACUCCGUCUUAAAAUCAAUCGUGCUACCAAUUAUAUACAGCCUUGUGUGCGGUGUCGGGCUGAUUGGUAACGGAAUGAUCAUUUAUAUUAUACAAGUAAAGAUGAGAGGGCGAAGCAUUACGGAUGUAUACGUAAUAAACCUGGCAAUCGCGGACUUCAUAUUUCUGGCUAUGCUGCCGUUCUGGAUCAUUGAUCUUGCAGCACAUGACAGAUGGUGGUUUGGGCGCACGAUUUGUAAGCUAUCAAGCGCGAGCACCCAUAUACACAUGUACGCCAGUGUAUUUUUCCUUGCUGCAAUGGCCGUGGACCGAUUCAUUGCUGUUGUUUGCUAUCUUAACAGCAAGAGGUACAGAACUAAGCAUGGAGCGAUUGGGGGAUGUUUGGUGUUGUGGAUAAUGGCAAUCAUAAUGAGCAUACUACCUUACCAAUUCAGAGACCUUGCCACCGUUAAUGAUUACAGUACGUGCGUGUGGGCAUUCAAUGAUACAGAUACGAUUUGGUUCUUGAUGCAAUUUCUUUUGAGGUCUGUGAUAGCAUUUGCCCUGCCUUUUGUUGUAAUAGUGGUCUGCUACAUAUGGAUUGCUGUGUUCCUGAAAUCCCGGAAGACCAGCGGACGGCUGACAAGUCAACGUCAGGAUAAAGCAACAGUAAUGGUGCUGGUAAUAAUUGCGGUAUUUCUACUUUGCUGGCUUCCAAACCAAUUGUCGAACUUCGUCUACGUUGGACAAGGAUUGGGUUUUAUUCCUGCAGGGAGUCAUGGUACUGCGCAUUACUACAUACACAUGUUCAGUAACUGCUUGGCGUGGGGUCAUAGCUGCAUGAAUCCUAUUCUAUACCUGUUCAUGCGCGAAGACAUAAAGCUAAAGGUCACAGAAAUACUACAUACUGCAACCAAACGAUGCCGAGGCGCAAGUUCUACAUUGGAACGAAAGACACCAACAGAAAACAACUCCAAUGGACAAUUGAUGGCGCUAGGGUCCUUGCGAUGUAAACGCAACUCUGAUUCGAAAACUCCACCAGAUGAAGCAGAUGCACCACUUGCGGAAGACUUUGACAAACAACAUACAGUAGCGCUCGAUGCAGAAGGACAAACCCAGUACACAAUACAAGCGGAAAAAGGAAUUUCAUACCAUUACGUAUAUACGCACGCAGUUAGCAUUGGUUUUGUGAAAUCCAAUAACACUUCUGAGCGUGGUGGUUGUACAUUACAUUAACGUUUUUUAUGCUGUAACCUUUUA